CCUACGCUCCCGGCGUCUGGAAACGCUUGCAGCACCUGUCAACUCCGAGGGAUCCCUUGCGGCCUGAGUAAAGCGCCAAACCAUGAUGUAGACCUGCGACUCCCCUCACUGACCCGCACCUGCACUCCUAAAUCGAAAGCAUCUCGAGCACCUUCCAUUGUCCAAUUCUGCCGUUGUCGUUGAUCCACGCUUUGUCCCCCGGGCGUUGCAGGGGUUGCUCGCUCCCGUCAGGGGCUUAGCCAAAUUGCUUCCCCGAAAUUGCGCCUACCAUCCAAGAUGCCUACCGCGCUCUUCGCAGCGCAACAACACCACGCAUUCGGCGCUGGUCCACCGUUCGACCCGGAUGUCCACUAUAUUCAUUCCCACCCCGACAAGAGCCUCUACAUCAUUACCGAGUCCGACUAUGUCUCUGCUCUAACUACGUCCCAGCGCACCGUCUGCGCCAAGCAACCUCCCACACGAUACCUGGGUCCCUCUCGACGCAUUGCCCUGCAGCAAAACAACAGCACGAGGAGCAAAGACCCUAGACCACUCAUGGCUGCCGUCCUGCAGCACGCAAACACCAUGCCGCUGGCCGCGCCGGGCAGCCCGCCCGAUCUCACCAACUCGAAGAGCAGCAAGUCGAGCAGCUUCCACUCCGAGGGCCUCAGCGACAUGGGGCCCAGCGACCUCUCUCACUUUGAGGACAUCAACCUGGCCGACGACACGGGCCCAUCUUCCUUCCCUGUGCCGCACUCGCCGAACCGUGUGCUCUACGAGGCUUCACGAUCACGCAGCAUUCCGCAUUCAGCACCCCACUCAUUCCGCGACCUCACAAAGGGAUCCAAGUCACGGCCGGCGGCGAUGAAGAUCCAAACGAGCCACAACCUGCGUGCGGGAUCACAGCUCCAUGCACCAGCGAAGCAGCUCCGGAGGGGCUUCUCGUCGCCGUCCGCUCCUUCGCUGGCAAACAUCACCAACCUGCAGGCACCCGUCCGCCGCUCGCGUUCCCCGUCCCCGAACAAACCACUACCUUCUUCUUCGUCUACUUCCUCGCAGCGUUCGCUAUCUCGCAAGAGCUCACGGAACCUCGAAGUUUCUCCUUCAAUGGCUUCCAGGAGACAGUCAUGGCAGCACACGGCCCGCAAGACCGCUAAGGAGCGGGAGGCAGAGUGUGAUGUCGACGAUGGAGACGACGACCUCCCCGAGGAUGCAGUCAUCUGGAAUGUACCCAUUUCGCCGCGACCUGCACAGGAACGCUCCCCUGCACCUUCCUCGUGUGGCAGCCCACCCCAGACUUCACCCAGCCCCGCGACAAGCCGCCCAGUCUCGCAACGCGGCGAACCGCUCUCCAAGACCUCGUCAGCUUUCUCAGAACGCCGCUAUCCCUCGCAGUCACCGGCCCCCGAUCCCAACAAAGAGAACGAGCUUCCUGCGCUGAGCCGCCAGCCGACACACACAUGGGAGGAGACAUACGGAGCGCUUGACGCUGAUGCACGGAAGCUUACAGAGGCGCUCGAGGAAUACCAGACCGAGGUAGAGCACCAGCAGGAAAUCAAGCGGCAGCAGCCCUUGUCGCGCUCGUCAUCAGUUGGAGACUCCGAGGCAAAGAAGAAGAAGAAAGCGGUUCCUCUGCCGCCAGUGCGGAAGAGCGACCCGCUAAUCGAUCCGUUUCAGCCUUCAACUGAGAAGGAAAAAUACCUCUCGCGGACUCGCCCCUCCUGGUUGCCGCCUAAAGAUCCCAAGGAGGAGAAGAAACAUCUGAAGGAAUACCAGAAGAUGUUGGCGCGGAUUGAGGAAGCUGAACGUCUCGAAGCGAAGCGUCAAGAAGACGAGGCCCUCGCACGAGAAAAGGCAGAACGAAUCAAAGCCGAAUACUGGUCUAGCCUUCUACUCCCGAACUGGGAGCAAGAAAUGUCUAGCCCCGAACUCAAGGGCUCGCAUAGAAAGAUGUGGUGGAACGGCAUCCCUGCCAAGCUCCGUGGGGAUGUCUGGAAGAAGGCCAUUGGAAAUGAGCUCGAGGUUUCUGAAAUCACUUAUAGCGUAGCCCUGGAGAAAGCUCAACUGCAGGUCAAAGAGCUUGGCGCUUCCGCUCUCAAUGGCCGCUACGCCCAGAUCGUGGAGAACACGAAGAGCGUCUUCCCGGACCUGAAGAUGUUCGCCCCCGAGACACAGGAAUUGCCCGAGCAACCGCUCCACCAGGAACUCGUAAACAUCUGCGUUGCCUACAGCUCGUAUCGCUCCGAUGUUGAUACCACCGUCGGUAUCCACCACGUAGCUGCUCUGUUUCUCCUCAACAUGUCUGCCGCAGAUUCUUUCGUUGCACUUUCCAACAUGAUGAACCGCUCUCUACCACUCUCUUUCCUCCUUCAGGAUAUGAUCGCCAUUACUGCGGCAUACGACACCACGCUCUCAGCCCUGAGAAAGAAGAGCCCGAGCAUGGCGAAUCGCUUGACUGAACUCCGCGUCGAACCUCACGACUAUCUGCUCCCGAUGUUCAGCGGGCUUUUCUGCGACCGCGUUUCUAUCGAGCAUGCCGCCCGGAUCAUGGACGUGUACACCAUCGAAGGCGACAAGAUUCCUCCUCGUAUUGCAGUUGCACUCAUGGGCGCCCUUGAAGGCAACUGUAUGGGCGGAGAGGCCGGCGAUGUUGUAGAAGUGUUGAAGACAAGGAAGCUUCGCGAGAGCCCCGAUGAGUUUAUGGGCAAAGUGUACGAGGCGGGCAAGAGCUCGUAAGCCGGGAGAAAGAGACAAGAAUAGGAAGAUGAAGACAUAAAGGAGAUAUGGUGCAAAUUACCGAACGGAGCAUAGACGGGCGGAGGGAGUGAAUAUUUUGACAUUUCGACGCGAAUCGCACUCGGAGAGCUUGACACGCGCCUACCUUCCACCAAUAUCAAACAUCCUUAUCAGUGCUGGAGACGGCCAGACAGCAGCAGCAAGAAGAGUAGGA